ACGUGGAGGGGAGUGGACAUGUCGUUCUGUGUCGUGUUGGUGUGCGUGUUGGGGGUCGUCCUCGCCAGCCCGACCCCGCCCCAACCUGAAUCCCAGCCUGUACAUCCACCAGCCACCACUUCCCCUCAACCGGUUCUAGAUCAGCCAGACAUCGAUUCCGUCCACCCAGAAAGUCUAUCUGAGCGUGAAGAAGGAGAGGAAUCAAAGCCUGUUGUUAUUGUCACUGCCAUUCCUGUUGACUCGAGUGAAAUUCUGACAGCAGAGACACAACCUGAUCCACAGUCUGAACAACACUUCGAGUCACGAAUUGAGUUACUGCCAGAAGAGUCCAGCGAGAUUUUUGAGUCAUUAGAUCUUGAGUCACUGUAUCCUGAGACCCUGAAGAUUAUCACUCCAAGUACCCCUAGUGUCCCCAGUACGGACCCUCCCCAUUCCACUCUAGUCCCGCCCACGUCCCCCACUCCAGCAACUGAGACUCCUACAGUGGUCAACAAGCCGGUGUUCAAACGGAUAACCACCCCAUUUCCCUCCAGUCUAGCCCCUUCCCACCAGGACCCCACUCAAGAUACCUCGUUCAAAGCCUCCCCGUUAGAAAGUGAUGUUUUUGGGGCUAAGUUCUUCCAACCUGAAGCAGUCAAGCAUUCCUCAGACAAGACUGCAUUAGACAAGAGUGUGUUUGAUAAGUUUAAGCCUUCCACAUUCAAGCCUGCCUCGUUCAAGCCUAUUUUCGUGUCCAAGAAUGCUUCCUUGAAGACUACUACAUAUUGGCCUGCUACUGAAAAUCCUGAAACUUCUCAGCUUGAGACUUCUCAGCCUGAAAUUUCACAGCCUGCAGUGCCUCAGUCUAAUCCUACUCAGCCUGCAAUUCCUCAGUUUGCUCCUCUCCAGCCUGCAACCUCUCAGCCUGCUCCUCCUCAGCCUUCUCUUCCUCAGCCUGAUGCCCCACAGUCUACUGUUCCUGAUCCAUCUUCUCCUCAACCUACUCCACCUCAGCCUUCUCCUACUCAUCUUGCUCUUCCUAACUCAUCUCCACUUCACGUCCAGCCUCAUUUUGCUCAUCACCAACCUUCUCCUCCCCAGCCUUCUCCUCCCAGCUCAUCUUCACUUCAUGUCCAGCCUCAUUUUGCUCACCACCAGUCUUCUCCUCAGCCAACUCUUCCCAACUCAUCUCUAUUUAUUGUUCAGCCCCAUCCUACUUAUCCCCAGCCUCCUCCACAUGCAUCUCCACUCCUUGCCCAGCCUCACCCUUCCCAGCCACACCUUCCUAAUCCUUCGACCCCACACAGUAACGCCCAAAAGACUCCCUCAUCCCAGAGUUCAACGGGAGGCAGACAAGAGGACUCCAUCUCGUCUAACUUGGUGCUAUCAGGCUUUGGGAAGGUGAAGCCUGUACAGCAUCUUCACCCAAGCCCUGUGCAGCCUCAGCCUAUAUUCCAAUCCCUACAGCCCAUUAAUACUCAUCCUAACAGUGAUUCUGAUAACGCUCUGGGCUUUGUUGUCUCUCUCGGCCCUCUCACCCUCCUCACGUCUCCGUCCAAGACAUCCCCGACUCUUGUCUCUGUGCAUGGAAGUUCCCCGUCUAUCUCCGGAGUUCAGGAAAAGAAAGGACGUUCCAUUGAUGCCCCGUCGCUGUCCCCGGCAUCCUCCAAGAAACAUUUCAGCCGCUCCCAUUCGUUUGAGCAUCUCCAUCCAGUGUUCAAGACGCAGCCUCGCCAUCUCUCAGAGGAAGGGGACGAGAGCAGGUCCAUAUCUUUCUCUGUCAACCCUCCAAAUGUCGCCUCUAAGCUAACCUCAAGUAUCGCCACCAAAUCCAGAGGAACUCCUACAACGAUCACUUUCAACGUGCCUCGACCUGCUGCUGAACGACAAGAGGCAAAGAAACAUCAAGACAAGGAAGAGAAUGGACAGAAAGAGGUGGGUCGUUCUAUUCCCCACCCAAACAGUGCUCCGCUACGCUUUGGUCAGCCACGUGUUACCACAGAUGCAAGAUCCGCCAGGAGAGUGCACAACGCCGCCCCGCCACAUCCUAUCGCCCCGCAGGGAAAAGCUGUCCCGGCACCGCUGCCCCACGGCCCUUACCAUGCCAAGCACCCAGCGCAGUACGAGUUCAGUUACCAGGUACAAGGCGGGGACGGCGGCUCCCCCUUCGGUCACACAGAGAGCCGCGCGGGGCCGGAGACACGCGGCUCCUACACCGUACCGCUUCCUGACGGCCGCAUCCAGAGAGUGACUUACUACGUGAGCGGCGACUCCGGGUACAUGGCGGACGUGACUUAUGAGGGCCAGGCCGUGUACCCGCAGUACAAGCCUGCAGCUUACAGAACACAUCCCACUCACCACGGCCCCGCACCAGCUAAUCCUGCACCGCCACGCCAGCCUACACGGGCCUACAGAUCAGAGCCAGUACAGCCUAUACCUGCCCACAAAUCAGAACCCAUACAGCCAGCAGUCCCACAGCAGUAUGCCUCAGAAUCACAUCUCCAGCCUGUACAAUUUGUCGAGUCUCCGAGAACUUAUAGAUCUGUGCCUCAGCGCGCCACUUCCUACGUGUCCUCUUCAAUGUAUAAGAUUGACCUGCCUUACCAGCCUGCGUCUUGGCCGGCAGUCUAAUAGUGUAACAGAAGCUGUCAUUAUUCUAAGCCGCCUCGCCCCGUCCAGUUGUUUUGUGUGAUGUUGAUCAUGUUAAUAAGAAUAAAAGUUGU